GAACUAUUGGAAUGUGAUUUAAGAGAUAGUGUAAAUGAAUCGACUGUCAAUACUAGCCAAAUGGAAUUUGUUGAACAAUCAGAAAAAUCUUCUGACUCAUUUGAACCUAUUUCCGGAUAUUGCAAUAUGCAAUUAGAUGAAGUAAAUGAUACUAAUUUGCUAAUCAAUGAAGUGAUUGAUCUUUCAAAUCUAGCCUUUGUAGGCAAUAACAAUUCAUUUAUCAAAAGUCAAAGUAUGGUAUCAAAUAAUAAUACACAAUGA